CUCUCCACGCAAAGAGAGAAAUUUUCAUUCUCCAUUCAUCUUGCUAGCAGGCAAACUACCUGUAGACUGGCUCUAAAGUUGAGAAUUACUAAUCUAGAGGGAAACUGAAUAGGAAUUAUCGGUUUAUUGUUGGACAAGGUGAAAUCGUUUGCAAAUCUUAAACGAGGUCAAUUUGAAUCAUAGCCGGAAGAUCUAGGAAGGCAUCUAAGAGGUGUCAUUAAUGAACUCCAGAUCUACCUCAGGAAGUUCAAGCAGCUACAGAAAAAUGGGGAGCGAUGAUUAUUCUGUACGUUUGCAAAUGGCUUCCUAAUUCGGUGGAAAGUUAACAGCCAGUGGCUGCAAACCGGUUGUCCUGCCAGGCAGCGCUGCGUUUCUCUCGUUCAGCAUUUCUUCUGCCCUGGAGAAUAAGAAAUAAAAAUAAGAAAUGUUUCUGAGAUGUUUCUGCUAGUGGCUCUUUCAGAAGCCCUCCUGUUUUGGGCCUGGGUGUGCGGAUCGGAAGGCCUUUGUUCACCCAUCACGUUUUACAAAAACUGCUGGAUCCGACGAUUCCCAGGUCUUUCGAUUGACUUGGAGCAUUCUCAGAAGCAAGGAGCUCACAUCCUCAAUGUUUAUGCUGCAUCCACUGCCGGACAAUGCAGCCGAGCCUGCUGUGUCCUCAAAGACGUUUCCUGUAACUUAGCUGUUUUCUACUACAAAACCAAUAUCCAUGAUGUAAACUGCAUUCAUAUGUAUUGCCCGGUGCUGGAAAGCUGCAUAGUAAAACCUACAAGCAGUGUGAUCCUCUACAAUAUUACACCAGGUGUUGAUCCUGACCUUCUUGUUUUUGAGAAGCUCUCGUUCAAAGAUAUAAACACCAGGUCUUCUUUUAAUAAAUGGGAGAGGCAUGGCGGGGCACGGGUUGCUGACCUAGUAACAGACCAGGGUGAACUCUCUUCCCCAAGAUUCCUUUUCCUGGAGGCCUCCUCUUCCACAACAGCCCCAAAGCCAGACAUGGACAGGACUAGCAGGAGCUCAGCAGUAGAUGCUGCCCUCAAGAAUUCACCCGUCACGUUGACGGUGGCGGCUUCAGCAAUGGACCAUUCAGUGAAAGCAGCUGAGAUUCUUCCAGGGAGGAACACCUCUUCUACCACUUCAGAUAAGGUCAAGACAUCUCCUGUCUCUGUGCCUGCACUCAUCUGGACGGCGUCGCUAUCACCCAGUGGGGUCCUUCCCAAUAACAGCAAACCCUUGAAUGAAACCAAAGUCUACAGCGGAAGGAACAACAGUUCUGAUGAUGAAGGCCAGCGGCCCACACAGGAGACGGCGGGAACGGGGGGCUGGUUCUCUCUGAUUGUCCUUUGUUCUUCGUUGGCUUUCAUGUGCUGCUGCUGCUGCUGCGGGAUAUUUUUGGCAACCGGAUGGAAAAGGAGAGGUCGUUAUAAACCAAGGCAGAAAGGAAGAUCAGCACCCAACCAAUUCAUAAAAUACACUGCCAUUAAAAGUAGUUUUUAAUGGUCAGAUUCCAAAUUCAUCAGGAAGGGGAGGGAAGGUAGAGGAAGGGAAGGGUGCAGAGGUAAGCAAUAAAGAUGAUAAGGGAUC